AUGUACAAGUUGGUCGUUCUGUUCGCUCUGGUUGCCUGCUCCAUGGCAGCUCCAGCACCGAAACCCGGUUACGUCGCUGCUGCACCACUUGUGGCGUCUCCAGCUGUGGCCGUUGCCCAUCACGUUCCUGUUGCCACCAGCUACGCCAACACCUACAAGGUCUCCUACAACAGCCCGCUUGUCGCCUCGUCCUACGUCGCUGCACCUGCUGUGGCCUAUGCAGCACCCGCUGUCCACGCUCCAGUCGUUGCUGCUCAUCAUGCGUACGCUCCAGCACUCGCCUACGCAGCCCACCCAGCACCAUUUGUUGCCCACUACUGA